AUGGCCGGUCUCGCCAGCAGCGAUCCUGAGGCAAACGAGGAGUUCAACAUGUUCUCUCCUCUCUUCAGCCCCACACAACACAAGGUGACUGAGCGGCGGCCGCCGGCGCUGCCGCUGUGGGCCCUGCUGGUCACCAGUGGCGCCGCCCUGGUGGCCUCCGCCGACACCAGCAGCGACAUCUGUCCGGAGAAGUGCAGCUGCUCCGAGCAGACGCCGCGGGCCGUCAGCUGUCGAGGACGCAGUCUGGUGGAGCCCCCUGACGGCCUCCCACCGGACACGGCCGUCCUCGACAUCAGCUCCAACCGUCUGGCCGGCGGUCUGGCCGAGCUCGGCCGUCUGACAGCGCUGCGCGAGCUCCGGCUGGACGACAACCGGCUGCCAGCGGUGCCGCGCGGCGCGCCGCUGCGCCUCCUCUCACAACUGCGGCUCCUCAGCAUGACCCGGAACGGCAUCCGGACCAUGUACGAGGACGCGUUCCGGGGUCUGGUGAGUCUGGAGGAGCUGUCUCUGGCGACCAACAAGAUCGGUCACAUCGAGGAUGAGGCGUUCUCUGAGCUGCAGUCGCUGCGAACGCUCAACCUGAGCGGUAACCAGCUGACCACUGUGUCACCGGCCUGGUUCCGCCAGCUGGCUAACGUCACCACGCUGGACCUGUCAGGGAACCGGCUGCGGCACAUGCCGGUCGGCGUGCUGGGCGGCAUGGCGGCGCUACGGCGGCUGCUGCUGGCGGAGAACCACAUCACCUCACUACACACAGCAUCACUGCUGGGCCCGCGCAACCUCUCCUCGCUCGACCUGAGAGGAAAUCAGCUGACGGCGGCACCGAGCGCGGCGCUGCGGCGAGCCGCCCACCUGGACACAGUGCGGCUGUCGGACAACCCGUUCGCCAAGCUGCCGGCGGCGUCGUUCGCCGGCCUCUCCGUCCGUGAGCUGGAUCUGAGCUCGCUGCCGCGGCUGCAAAUUAUCGACAGCGGCGCGUUCGUCAACCUGAGCCGCCUGGUGGAGCUGCGUCUGAACGGCAGUGGCGCGCUGAGGUACGUGGCGCCGCGGUUUGUACACGGCGCGCCGGCGCUCCGCCGCCUGCUGCUGCACGACACGGGCCUGCUCAGCCUGGCAGCAGAGCUGGCCGAGGAGCUGGCCGCGCCGCUGCAGCUGUCUCUGUACGGUGCGCCGCUGCGCUGCGACUGCGUGCUCGCCUGGCUACCGACGGCGCUGGCCUCAGGCUCAGUGACGCUCGCCCAACCGGAGGGCACACUAUGUAAGACACCCGAGCAGCUACGCGGACGCCGACUGGACGCGGUGCCGGCGGCGACGCUGGGGGACACCUGCGGUCCGACGUUGGUGCCGCUCGGACGGUCCACCGUGCGGCGCGACACCGGCCAGCGGCUAACACUCGAGUGUCGCGCCACGGGCCGGCCGGCGCCGCGACUCAGCUGGAGGUCACCGCGGCAGAACACCAGCCGCAGCGGUGGCUCGCUGCUGCUGCGCCACGUCACCGAGGCGGACGCCGGCCGGUACUGGUGUGUGGCCGAGAGCAGUCGCGGCACAGCCAACAGGUCCGUCACCGUGCGGGUCCAGGAGGUGGACAUCCACCUCUUCCCCACCGGCGUCUCCUCCAAGUUCGUCACGCUGGUCUGGAACGGCACGGCGCGCAACAACUUCCCCCGCUAUCAGCUGAUGUACGGGCGCGCCGGUGAGGACGAGUCGGACUACGAAUCGCGCAUCGUCACCCCGUUCCACCGCUCCUACACUAUCGGCGGUCUGCAACCGAGCACCAGCUACCAGUUCUGUCUCAGCUACCCGGACCGCGACAGCCGACCGGUGCGCAUCUCCUGUACAGACGUCCGCACACGAGACGCCGCGUUCAUGACGCGAGGCAUCCGCCGAGAGUGGACGGCAGCGGCGGCGGCGGCGGCCGGCGUGGCGGCGCUCGUGCUGGCCGGUCUGACACUGCUGGCAGUGGCGGCACGCCGCUACCGCAGCCGGCUGAGGGAGGAGAACGACAAGGACACCGGCAGCCAGAUCCCGCUGGAGAGCUUCUACAGCCCGCUGCUGAGCCAGUCGUCACCCAGCUGACAGUCACCGGCCGGCGGCGGCCGGCGCUCGGCGCCCUGUUCGCGCCAGUGCACGCCGCGGCCGGCCCACCGCAACAACCGCCGCCAGUCGACGCCGGCCACGGCCUCGGGCCGGCACCUGACGCCGCGCGGCGGCCGCGGCCCGCGCCGGCCGCAGUGCGACUGCGCCAGUCUGCGCGGUACGCCGCUGGCCGGGCGGCGGCCGGCCGACGGGGACGGCUCGGGGCCCAGCGGAGCCGCCGCCGGCCCCAGCGGGCCCACAACCACAGAGGCGGUGGUGGAGAAACCACCUGAGUCGACAGAGCCAGCGACCAAGGCGGUGACGGCCGCGGUGGAGCCGCGCCGCCACUCGGGAGGGGUGGAGCCCCGCCGCCACUCGGGUGGGGCGAUGGUAAUGCGCACAGACCAUUCGGUCACAGAGACAGUGGACAUUGAGACGGUGCCCAUCAUCGAACAAGAGCUCAAGAGCUAGAGCUGCCACAGCGCUGGGUGGCGGACGCGUUCAAACUAAGUGGCGAGCUUCGAUGGAGAUUGGAAAAACUAAACCUGGGCGGUCUCGGAAUACCGGGCCAAACGUUCCCGUAAUAUUCACUAUCGCUUCGAAGCGCUAACGCACCAAGUAUUAGUGAAUUCAUGUGCCAAACACUACGCUUACCAUUCACUGCACCAGCGCUUUUUAAUGCACAAAAGGGGUUGGAUGUCUUGUUUGCAGAUGUGUUGCUUAUGACGUGGAGAUGUUAUGAUGUUGACAGAAUAUGAGAUCUCAUUAAUACAAUUCA